AGGGAAUAAAGCUACAAUAUUUCAAAAUGAUGGCACAAGUUUUUGGGAGCCCUUGUGUUGCAGAAGAAACCAAAGGAACUGAUAAAUUCACAUUCUGGGGACCAACUACAAAACCCAAGAAGGAAUUCAAUUGCACCGCCAAAAAGCUCCUCUCUUUUUUUCUCUCUCUUUUCAUCUAUUGUGGUUUAAUUUACUAUACAGCAGCCAAUAUCCCAAGCCUCUGCUGCUUCAAAAGAGAAGUCCCAUUCAGUAGUUGCCUUUUACUAUGGCAGCCUAAAGAACAAAGAGGAAAAGGAAGAAAUGACUUU